AAGAGCACCGCGGGGCUGCGCGGCCGCGGCGGCCGGUGACAUCACGCGCGGAGCUGCUGCAGAGGGAGGCGGAAAAUGGCUGCUGCCAGAAUGUUUUUCAGGGAACAUUUCAUAAAUCUUAAGAAUGACAAACAGAGAAGAGAAAAGGAAUGAGGAGAGAAAGUUAAAGAAAGCCAUUGGCUCCCACCUGAGAUUUGACCUCAGAAGGAGAAUCCUGGAGGUGAACAGGACGUGACUCAGACAAGAAGAAGUGAAAGAAGGCUGUCUGUAUGACAAAAAAACAUUUAAAAUGAAAAAAUUCACGCUGUUUGAUUUUAUAAAUGACAACUCACUGCAAAUUGGAGAGACUUCAUGGAUUCAGAAUCUUCCCAGUGAUGACAGUGAACUAGAAGGAUUUCUGAAACCAAAUGAACAUGUGCUGGUAAACUGGCCUGUGGCAGAAAGAAAGACAGAAAAGCAUCUAGUGAAAGUUGUAUACAUGAGUGAUGAUCCCCAAGAGCUGGUAGACAUGAUGCAGAAGAUACUACAAGAGGAUGAAAUUACAAAAAUACAAGUCCUUGGAAAAGGCAAGAGGAAGAGGAUAGAAAUGAUAUUCUCAGAAAGCGAAGACAGUGACCUGGGUAAAAAACAGCAGAAGAUGAUGAAGCAUAUAAAAAGAAAAAAAGCAUUUCAGGCAUCUGCUCCUGCCAGCAUCCUGAGUCAACUUGAAACGUCUUUAAUUAACAAACAGAGAGAACCAUAUUCAGGAAGCAACUUUCUAUGCAGUGAAAGCAGCAGUGAUGAUGAAGAGCCUUUAUUUCAACUAUCCAAGGUGGAACUGUGUGCCAAAAUAAAAAGUCUCAAGAGGAAGCUGACAGACACCAUGAGAGAAAACUGCCGCCUGAGGCAGUCCCUGGUGAUGCUUCAAGUGUUGCCACAGGCAGUCACUCAUUUUGAGGAACUGGUAGGCAUGGCUGAAGCACUGCUCAAAGGGGGAGUGACAACAUCUACAUCGAGUCUUCAUUCACAUGCUGUUUGGAAAGCAUCUAACAACUCUUUAGCAGAUGUGUAUGCAGCUAUGCAUAGUAACUCCAGCUCACCAAUAUCUUUGAAUGUAGAAGAUGAGGAGCAACCAACUGAAAAACAGUUCAAGAUUGAGAAGUGGCAGAUCGCACUUUGUAACAAGAGCAAACCUCAGAAGUUUAUAAACGACUUGAUGCAAGCACUUUAUACGCAUGAAUACAUGGCUACACACAGCCUGACAGGUGCAAAGUCAUCCUCUUCAAAGGAUAAAGCAGCGAAACCAGCUAUGAAUCAGAAUGAAGUUCAGGAAAUCAUAGGAAUUACAAAACAGUUGUUUCCAAACACAGACGAUGCUUUAAUUAGGCGAAUGAUGGGACAAAAACUGAACAAUUGCACCAAGAAGCCAAUUUUAAGCAAAGAUCUUAACUCAGGUGCUUUUCAGAAGCAUGGUUUUUGUGGUUCAGCAGCUGCUUCUCAGGGCAUCAUCCCUUUGGCUGUUCCUCCCAGCACGCAAGACCAGCAGGAUGAUGAUACAACAGCUGCUAAUGCACAAAUUCAGCAGAGCCACAGCCAUCUGACUCAUCCACCUCUCAGCACCCAAGGUAAAUAGGGAGGACGAUGUGAAGAAUCUGUUCCUCUCUCUUCCCUGAAGCAUAUGACUGACAUUAUCCAUGGCAUAAAACAAGAUAAAUAGCUUUUACCCAAGAAACAGAAAAGCUGCAGUUGGUUCAAGGUGACUGCAAAGGAAGAAAGGAUGACUGGUCUUCCAAAACAGCAUGGACAAACUCAGAGAACACAAAAUUGAAGACUCAAUAAUUACAGCUUAGAAACUGCAGAAGUAACAGAAGGAGAGGAAAAGGCAGAACAGUUGAACACUGCUCUCAAAUUUUGCAGUAAAAUCAAAAUUAAUUGGCAGUGUGUAAAUGUGUCAUGUCACAUAGUGUAAGAUUCUGAUAUGUGUGAUAGAGGACACAUUAUCUUCAUUACUCAGCACCAGAGAAGGCUGACAGCUACUGCAGGAAAGCAUAAAGCAAUAUGACUGCAUAGCAUUUAGAGAGACUACUGGAGAUUCAGUACUGAAAAUAAAGUAAGCAACGCUAAAAACAGUCACUUGAACUAUUUGCUUUUAUUACUGCAUUUUAGAUUGAAUUUAAGAUUACAAUAGAAAAGUGUACACUUUGUGUUAUAAACUGCUUAUUAAGAGCACCUACCUGUUCUCUAACAAGGGAAGAUACUACAGUAUGCAAAGAAUGGAGUAAAAACCUUACUGUAAUAAUACAGUGGAGAAUAAGCAGUGUUCUCAGUGGUUUUCAUGCAUGUCAAGUUCUUAUCCUCUCAAUAUGGUAUAUAGGUAGGAUUCAGAAAAUAUACGUCAAUAUUUUACAGAUGAAGAGUAAAUGGCAUUGUGCAGUGUUAAUGCUAGAGGAAAAUCAGUGGUUAAAAAGGCAGUAUUUCAUUUUAAGGACAAGGAAAGAAACAUGGAAAUUCAAAUGUUUAAAUUCUAUGAAAGAAAGCAAUGAUUUUCAAAGCAUAUAAUAAGUACAUGGUUGCCAGAGAAUAUUACUGAAUCUCUGAGAAGGUCUGCUCAGGAACAGCUUCCACAUCCUCUGUAAUCCCAACUUCGUUUGGAGGUUUGGAUGUGGGGAUUUUAGCUCAUCAACAGCAGACCAGGAGUAGCUGCACUUUCCUAUGUUUGUCUCAUGCCACCUUGGGUAAUUUGCUAAAAAAACUGGGUACUCAUGCAAGUGAGACAGUGAAUCUGCCUUGAAGAUGGCCCAACAGCCAAGAACUUCAUCAGCCUACAUCUUUCCUCUUUUGCAUGAAAAAAGUCUGCAUAAGAAUUGUCAAAAGCUCACCCAAACCAGGAAGCCUGUGCCUUCCCAAUAAUUACCUCAAAUACUGUACUUUUUGAAUCAAAGUUUUGUUGGCAUACUGUAAAAGCUGACAUUACUGCAUGUAUCAGUUCUCACACUAUUCCUUUUUUCCUUAAUUCUUUGCAUACCUAGAGGAUGUUUGGAUCCUCUUGGUCUGCAAAAGCAAGUACACUUCAUUCACAUGAGCUACUGCUGAAAAGUUCAUAUUCAAAUGAGAGUCAUUGUCAUAGGGCAUCAGUUUGAAAAAAUCCUGCCACCUUGUUGUUCUUCUAGUAACCCACUAUUACUGCACUUUGCAAUAUCUAUACUCAUAAAUAAAAAGUAAUUAACUGCAAAUGCAAGCUACAAAUAAAGUGGCUGCUACCAACUACCUAUUAGCACACUGAAGUUAGAAAUGCAAUAUAUGAAAGUCAGGGCAUCAACAAGACUUCAAUGUUCAAAGUAGCAGUCAUUUUUCUGUUACUUUAACAAUGAAAUAAAACUCAUCAAAUCAGUGUCUACAUAGCCUAACAAUAGUUAUUAAGUUGUUAAAUUUCUUAACUAGUAUAUUAUAAUCAGCAGUCAAACAGGAAAAAAGAAAAACACGUAGAUCAUUUCUUAUAGGGAGUGAUAAUUUUGAGUUCACGGAACAGCAAAUCCAGAAAUAGACAGAAAAAAAUAAGCCAUUAAUAAUAGCCAUUGUGUAAAUUUAGAAAUACAGAUUCAUAGAAUCUUUUGAAUUGAAAGGGACCUUUAAAGGUCAUCUAG